AUGGAGGAAACCGAGACAGAGCCGCGGAAACACGCGAUGGGUUUCAUCUCGUGCACUUCGUAUGUUGUCGGUAAUAUAAUUGGAUCUGGUAUUUUUAUCACCCCCGGCUCAAUCCUCGAACAAACUGGCUCGAUUGGACUCUCAUUGGCCGUGUGGACGGGUUGCGGUUUAGUCUCGAUACUUGGUUCAAUCUGUUAUAUUGAAUUGGGCACAUCGAUUCCCGAUCCAGGAUGCGAUUUUGCUUACACUUGCUUUGUCAAAUGGCACUCGUUAGCGUUCGCCUUUAUGUGGGUGUCCGUCUUGAUGACCUAUCCAGCGAGUGCGGCCGUACAAGCGCAAACAUUUGGACAGUAUAUUGUCGAAGGCUUUUCGAUUUCGUUACACGGUGUUUGGCAAGAGGUGGUCACUCGAUCAACCGGCUUUAUUGUAUUAGCUCUCCUCACUUUGCUCAAUUUCUAUUCUCUUGAGAAAUAUGCGGCCAGAUUUCAAGUUGUUGUCACUUUCGCGAAAAUGAUUGCAAUGGCGAUAAUUAUUUUCACAGGACUUUAUCUACUUGUUUUUAAAGGUUGGACUCACCGCUUGGAUCAACCAUUUCAAGGAUCAAUCUGGCAUCCUGGCCCGAUAUGUUUAGCCUUUUAUGGAGGAUUGUGGAGUUAUGCUGGAUGGGACGUGUUAAACUAUGGAACUCCGGAGAUUCACAAGCCGAGAAGGACAAUGCCUCUCGCUUUGUUGACGGGAAUCCUCAUCGUGAUGAUCACGUAUAUUCUCAUAAAUUUGGCCUAUUUUGUCGUUUUGGACGUAACGGUCAUCAAGAAUAGUGACGCUGUGGCGGCGGACUUCGCAAGGGCAGUGCUGGGAAAUUUUCGCUAUGCAAUUCCGUUCAUGAUUGCCAUUCUGCUAAUCGGCACGCUGAACAGCAAUAUUUUUGUGGGAUCAAGAUACAUGCAAGCAGCUGCAUGGCAAGGUCAUCUACCACCAUUCAUUAGCUGUAUUCAUGGGCCAAGUGGAAGCCCGCGAAUGGCUUUGCUUUGUCAGAGCCUCCUCACAAUCGCCAUUUCUUUCGUCGACACCGACUCGCUCAUCAACUAUGUGACUUUCGUGAUGUGGGCACAAAGAGUGGUGACGAUGAGCGCCUUGUUGUGGAUAAAAUUUCGACAUAUUCAAGUGGAUCCAGGUGCGAUUCGCGUUCCGCUCGUUUUCUCAAUUCUUUUCUUGGUCAUUUCAAUCGCUUUGGUGGUUGUACCACUGAUACAAGAGACAAAGGUGACUCUAAUCGGCAUUGGAAUCGUUCUCUCCGGAUUAUUAUUUUACUAUCCAUUUGUGCAUUCAAAGCAUCUGCCACUUAUUUUAUCAAAAGUCAACGAUUGGGCCACACAAAGCACGGAAAGAUUUCUUUUCUCGGAGCGAAACCUUCGGAAAGCGAAACAGCUAAAUGAGGUGGAAAAUGACGAGUAUCUGAACGAUGGUGAACUGGAUCGAUUGCGCACUGAUGGCUCAUCACCCGAGCCACCGAGUCGAUUG